CUGAGUCAGUGUCACUUGCAAAAUUGCGAAUGUUUGUUGAUAUUCCGGUGAAUUUGUGCGUUUUCUGUGAAUAAUUUACGUCAUAAACAGUUGCUCCUGGAUUUUAUUUGGUCUUGCAAUUUGGCUUUGAUUAUUAUUACAAAUUGUUACGAUUGCAGCUACUCUUAUUUUACAAACAAAUGAUUUCUAUUUCAACUCAUUCUGAUUGCUCUCACGACUUUGUUGGUAAAGAACACCAUAUAAAUUCAAUAGCUAUUAUCUAGCGUAUUAUUGUUCACCUGUAACUAUUAAUAUCAGUUUACGAAAUGCGACGAAAUUCUUGUUUUAAUUGUGGCCUAUCGUCAUAUAGAGUUAAACGCUACAAGCUGGGAGAUAUUGCAACAGAAAUUCUUCAAAGACUACAGCAAUGGCAUCCAAAUUGUCCGUUAAUCUCUGAAGACUUUGUUUGCAACAAAUGCGUGAUUGCUGUACAAAAAAGUUUGGAUAAAACAGAGACAAGUCAACCACAGUUUGGUCACCAAAGAGUAUGCUUCCAGUGUGGCCGAUCUACAUUGAGAAUUAGGAGCAAUGCUCUUCCAAUAAAUUCCCCAGAAAGAUCUUUACUUGAAAGAAGAAUUGCUCCACGACAGCUUGCGCAAGAAGCUCGAGUAUGCUACGCUUGCUGGGUUGCUCUAAGGAGAAGUAUAAAAAGAGGUGCAAUUGCUGAUGCUAAUAGACAUGAUAAUAUAUAUGAAUAUGGUGCAUCAACCAGUGCUCAAGCUGCUGAGCAACCAGUGCCUAAGCAAGAAGAAGUUGUACCUAAGCAAGAAGAAACUGUACCACAGCAAGAAGAAAUAGUACCACAGCAAGAAAAAAUUGUACCGCAGCAAGAAGAAAUAGUGCCACAAGUUUCACCGUCAAUUUCAUAUGUCACAGAAAAAUCUAUUGUACCAGACAAAAUGGUAUUGCCCAAUUAUAGACGUGCAGCUGCAACCACUCGAUGGUGUUUCUAUCCAAACUGCAUACAUUCAGAAAGACUACGAGUGCCAAAAUCAAUUAGAUUAAGAAUGUUGUCUGAUUUCAAAAUAUAUAUUCCAACAACAGCCCGAAUAUGCACUGCACAUAUCAGAUGUUAUAAUUGGGAAGGCUUACAGGAUCAAAAUAACUUUAUCUCAACAUUCAAUGUGAAACAAAUUGAAAAUAUGUUAAAUCUUAUGAGUGAGCUGAGACACGGUUUUAAAUUAGACUUUGAGAAUAUUGAAGAAUGGAGCCCUCACUUGUGUCGGUAUUGGUUGGGUUAUACUCCAGAGGAAAUAUUGGAAUUAUUAAAUCAAUGUCCGUCGUUAACAUCAUUUCCUAAAGCAAAAACAAUGCUUUGCAUAUAUUUAUUGAAAUUACAAACAAGGGAUACGAAUUCUAGGCUAAGCUCUUUGCUUCAAAUCCCAGUUGCCACGCUGGUACGUUAUAUGAAAAAGGCUCGUCAGGUUUUGAGCAAUAGGUUUGCGCCUCAUCACCCAGAAUUGUAGGUCUACUAUAAUCCUAGAUGCUAUGGCUCCAUGAGGCUAUUUACGUUUGGAGCAAAAUUACAAUUGGGAAGGAUUCAGGAAUAUUAUCUAGUCAUAUUUAUGCCAGGUUUAUUUGGAAAUAACGAAAAAGCUACUGUGAUUGCAGAAUACGCCAUAUGUAAAAAAUAUUUAUUAUUUACCUAUAAUAAAGUAGAUAGGCGCCGUCUCCAUAAAAUAUAUUUUUUUUAACAUUAUCAAA